GAGAGAGCGGACAGGGAGCCCGCUGCUGCCACCUCAACAUGGAGUAGCGAGAUCCCAGCAUUGACUGCUCAGGAGCGGAGCCCACAGAGAGGAAUACGCGACGGCCUCUGUGAUUUAUCGAAGCCCCCCGCAAAUGAUACAGCGGCCAGCUAUUUUUUGUUCACGCGAAAGAAAGCUCGGCUCUUAUUUGAAAGAUGGCGAACGACUCUCCAGCUAAAAGUCUGGUAGACAUAGACUUGGCUUCGUUGCGGGAUCCAGCUGGGAUAUUUGAAUUGGUGGAGGUAGUUGGAAAUGGCACCUAUGGACAAGUAUACAAGGGGCGUCAUGUCAAGACUGGACAGCUGGCUGCCAUCAAAGUCAUGGACGUCACAGAGGAUGAAGAGGAGGAAAUUAAACUGGAGAUCAAUAUGUUGAAGAAGUAUUCCCACCACCGAAACAUAGCCACCUACUAUGGUGCUUUCAUUAAAAAGAGCCCCCCGGGACACGAUGACCAGCUAUGGUUGGUGAUGGAGUUCUGUGGAGCUGGUUCGAUCACAGACCUGGUGAAGAACACCAAGGGGAACCAGCUGAAGGAAGACUGGAUCGCCUACAUCUCCAGAGAGAUCCUAAGGGGCCUUGCCCACCUACAUGCCCACCACGUCAUCCACCGUGACAUCAAGGGCCAGAACGUCCUGUUGACUGAGAAUGCCGAAGUCAAACUAGUUGACUUUGGCGUGAGUGCUCAGCUGGACAGGACAGUGGGGAGGAGGAACACCUUCAUUGGCACCCCUUAUUGGAUGGCCCCUGAGGUCAUUGCUUGUGACGAGAACCCAGACGCCACAUAUGAUUACAGAAGUGAUCUGUGGUCUUGUGGUAUCACAGCUAUUGAAAUGGCUGAAGGAGCACCACCACUUUGUGACAUGCACCCAAUGCGUGCACUCUUCCUCAUUCCAAGAAACCCUCCUCCCCGGCUCAAAUCUAAAAAAUGGUCCAAAAAGUUUUUUAGUUUCAUCGAGGGCUGUCUGGUGAAGAACUACACGCAGCGCCCCCCGACAGAGCAGCUGCUGAAGCACCCCUUCAUCCGAGACCAGCCCAACGAGAGGCAAGUCCGCAUUCAGCUCAAAGACCACAUCGACCGCACCAAGAAGAAGAGAGGAGAGAAGGAUGAGACAGAGUAUGAGUACAGUGGCAGUGAAGAGGAGGAAGAGGAUCCUCCAGAGCAGGAGGGGGAACCCAGCUCCAUUGUCAAUGUGCCAGGUGAGUCAACUCUGCGCCGCGACUUCAUCCGCCUGCAGCAGGAGAACAAGGAGCGAUCAGAGGCCCUCCGUCGCCAGCAGCUCCUCCAGGAGCAGCAGCUCCGGGAGCAGGAGGAGUACAAGCGCCAACUUCUGGCCGAGAGGCAGAAGCGCAUUGAGCAACAGAAGGAGCAGAGGAGGCGGCUGGAGGAGCAACAGCGACGCGAGCGGGAGAUGAGGAGGCAACAGGAGCGCGAGCAGCGUCGUCGUGAGCAAGAGGAGAAGAGGCGUAUUGAGGAGAUGGAUCGUCGACGUAAAGAAGAGGAGGAACGCCGGAGGGCAGAGGAUGAGAAGAGAAGGAACGAUCGUGAACAGGAGUACAUCAGGCGUCAGCUGGAGGAGGAGCAGAGACACCUGGAGAUGCUGCAGGAGCAGCUGCUCCGUGAACAGGCCAUGCUGCUGGAGUUCAAGUGGCGGGAGCUCGAGGAGCAGCGCAAGGCCGAGCGACUCCAUAAGCGUCUGCAGCAGGAGCAGGCCUACCUGCUGUCGCUGCAGCACGAAUCCAAACAGCAGCCUGGCGACAAGACCAAACUCCCUUCAGACUUCAGCAAACCUCCACAGACCUCCACCCUGCCCCCUGACAGAGUCCUCCUCACCACAAUCCCUCAAGCUCAGGUCCUUGACAGUGCUGUGUCUGCAGCAAGAGGCCCUUAUGAGUCCUCCAGAGCCCUUCAGACCGUCCCCUCUGAUAGCGCUAAAUCCCAGCCAGCGGUGCAAGAGAAGACUGACUCUGAUGAGACUUGUCCCAGCCCGCUCUCAGACUCCCCCAACCCUAGCCCCCCUCAGACUGAAACCCCCACUGACUCUGAACCUCCCCAGGCAGACAGUUCAGAGCCCGAUAUGUCCACAGAGCCGCUCAGUCAUCCUCCUCAGCCUAUCAGAGAGGCCGACGAGCGGUACCGUAAGAACAUUCAGGGCUCCCCUCAGACUGCCCCUCCUCCCAAGCAGCCCCCUCUGCCUCCCCGCUCCUCUGAACCGUUCUCCAAUGGUAGCUCCGCCUCCGAGGCCUCCGCCAUGCACCGGCCAAUGGAGCCUCAGGUCCAGUGGUCCCACCUGGCCGCUUUAAAAAGCAGCAACAGCGCCGCCCCCUCUCCUCCUCCUCCGCCCGUGGUCUCUCGCUCCCAGUCCUUCAGCGAGCCCGGCGGCGUGACCUCUAGCUUUGCACAACUCCACCUGCGUUCCCAGGACCCCCACCAUCACCACCACCACCACCCAUCGCCCGCACGCACUGACCCACAGCCCCAACCUCCCCUCCACCACCCCCAGGCCCACACUAGGGCCGAACACCAGGCCAGCAGCGAGGAGGUACCACCUAAGGUCCCGGUAAGGACAACAUCCAGGUCUCCAGUGCUGUCGCGCCGUGAGUCCCCUCUGCCAUCACAACCCGGCAACCAGGGCGGACAGAGGAACGCUGGCGGUAAUGUGGAGCAGCGCCCACUGUGGGACCGCGUGGAGAAGCUGCAGCCUCGGCCAGGCAGCGGCAGCUCCUCCGGCUCCUCCAACUCCAGCUCCCAGGCCAGUCCUGGUGACCGCUUCAGGCCACGCUGUGAGUCCCCUGCUUCCUCCAAAUCUGAAGGGUCGCCACUCCAGCGGCCCGACAAUGUUCCCAAAAAACAAGAUGAAAAGAACCUCGCCAGACCUACUCGACCAGCUGGUGAUGCGGACCUGACAGCUCUGGCCAAGGAGCUUCGUGCAGUAGACGACGUGAGGCCUCACCACAAGGUCACGGACUACUCCUCAUCAAGCGAGGAGUCGGGCACCACUGACGAGGAAGACGAUGAGGAGGUGGACCAGGAGGCGGGAGAGGAAUCCACCUCUGGAGCCGAGGACUCCAGGGCUGGAUAUCCCCAUGGCUUCUGCAGGAGGCUGAGUAACGGGGAGACGGAGUCUGCUAGGACUAUGCUGGUUGAGGACUCAGAGAGCGAGCAAGCCAUUACGCCCUCCAAGGAUGGCACGCUGGUCAUCAGACAGAGCACAGUUGACAUAAAGCGGUUGGUCAAUCUCUCAUCCUCCUCCUCCUCGGCUGGCCCUGGCCACGGCCACGGCCAGCCCCAACCCCCCAGCCACGGCCUCCCAGAGAAAAACGGCUUUGCCGGCCGUAUACACCACCUACCAGACCUUAUCCAGCAGAGCCAUCACUCCCCUUCCUCUUCCACGACCAUCCCUUCCGCAUCCUCCACCUCCUCCUCCUCCUCCUCCUCCUUCCCCUCAUCAUCUAGCCUUGCCAGUCCUGCCAUGUCCCCACAGAACCCCCUGGACAAGUUCACUGCCAUCGAGUCCCAGUCAGAGAGCAACUCCAUGUCCAAACACAAGUCUUCCUCUUCCUUCACCCCCUUCAUCGACCCCCGUCUUCUCCAGAUCUCUCCAUCCAGUGGCAGCUCCCUCAACAACAUGGCAGGAUUUGGGCAGGACGGACGGCUGGCGGACCCUCUGAGGUCCGACCCUUCCCGUAAAGGCUCAGUGGUCAACGUCAACCCAGUCAACACGCGCCCGCCCAGCGACACACCUGAGAUUCGCAAGUACAAGAAGAGGUUCAACUCUGAGAUUCUGUGUGCUGCACUGUGGGGAGUGAACCUGCUGGUGGGGACAGAGAGCGGUCUGAUGCUGCUGGAUCGAAGCGGUCAGGGGAAGGUCUACCCGCUGAUCAACAGACGACGCAUCCAGCAAAUGGAUGUCCUGGAGGGACUCAAUGUCUUGGUCACCAUAUCAGGUAAAAAGAACAAGCUGCGAGUGUAUUACCUGUCGUGGCUGAGAAACAAAAUUUUGCACAAUGACCCUGAGGUGGAGAAGAAGCAGGGUUGGGUUAACGUGGGCGACCUGGAGGGUUGCGUCCACUACAAAGUUGUGAAAUAUGAAAGGAUUAAGUUCUUGGUGCUGGCCUUGAAGAACGCUGUGGAGGUGUACGCCUGGGCGCCCAAACCCUACCACAAAUUCAUGGCCUUCAAGUCUUUUGGUGACCUGGUGCACAAGCCUCUGCUGGUUGACCUGACAGUGGAGGAAGGUCAGAGGUUAAAGGUCAUCUACGGCUCCUGCUCAGGCUUCCAUGCCGUGGAUGUGGACUCCGGUGCCGUCUACGACAUCUACCUGCCCACACACAUCCAGACCAGCAUUCAGUGCCACGCCAUCAUCAUCUUGCCCAACACUGACGGGAUCGAGCUGCUGGUGUGUUACGAGGACGAGGGCGUCUACGUCAACACCUACGGACGCAUCACCAAGGACGUGGUGCUGCAGUGGGGAGAGAUGCCAACUUCAGUGGCCUACAUUAGGUCAAACCAGAUCAUGGGCUGGGGUGAGAAGGCCAUAGAGAUCCGCUCAGUGGAGACGGGCCACCUGGACGGCGUCUUCAUGCACAAGAGAGCCCAGAGACUCAAGUUCCUUUGUGAGAGGAAUGACAAGGUCUUCUUCGCCUCUGUGCGCCCCGGAGGUGCCAGCCAGGUGUACUUUAUGACCCUGGGACGCACUUCUCUUAUGAGCUGGUAGUCCUCCCACCACAUCAGCCAACGUGACAAUACCAUACCAACAGAUGACGAUUGUGACUAUGACCGACGACGAUCAAGAAGAGAACAGCCUUGAGCCUGAGCUGGAGAAGCCCCUCGAUGGAGGGAACAGCUUCCUCUCACCCGCUCGGGCGAACAAACAAUGGAUUGGACUGUAAUCAUGAAAAAAAGCGAGGGGUGGGUGUGUGUCUGGGGCCAGGGGGAGGUGCGUUCUGUUUGGGUGCACUGUCACAAGUCACACCAAGUGUACUAGCAAACUAUGUUCCGACAACAGGAGCCCCCACCAGCCUCCAGGUUUUUCUCCCCCCAGCCCCCGCUGCCCACUUUAUGAGCCGAUCCCCCUCCUCCUCUUCCUCUGCGGGACGUGGGAUCUGUUGCCUGUUGACGGUAAAUCUUUCUGUGUCAUAGUAAAACUUUGCAUCGUGUACGUGUGUGAAUGGAAGAAACACUGAGCAUGUGAAUGACGGGGGCGAUGGGGGGCUGAACGCGGCCGUUUGCUGUAUCAAAGAAAGGCGAAUCCUGUGUGCGCCCGCACCUCGAGUGUAGCUGUUCGUAGCUGUGUUUAGUCCAGGUCCCGUUCAGGUAAAAUUAACUUCUUUUCCCACCACGGUAGAUUUUCACGUCAAGCAUGUCAUGUAACACUACUUCACAGCCACAGUUUUCCCUCCCAUAAGUAAGGCUUGACAUGUCAAUCUGCCUCUGCAUCUUCACUUUUUUGCCUUCUCCUCCUUAAAGUGAAGACUUUUUUAAGGGACCUUCUUGAUAUAUCCAUGAAAUACAGGGUACUGGAUGUCAGCUUGUACAUACUAACUACACAAAACCUUGUGGGCUUCAGACUCUCCCAGGUUUUACAGACACUUUCUCGACUUUUACCACAUUGCCUCACGUACUGUAGGUUAUGUCGGACAGAAGUAGCCCUGUUCAUGACAGCAUGUUGCUUUGGUGUUAUUGACACAAUUAGCCCCAGUUUUUCAUACACUGUAUAUUUUGUAUGUGACUUGCUGCACAUAAAUAAAGGAUAAGAAUUGAGGACACACCCUAGUUUUAAAGGAAAAAUCCAACCUGUUUAUUAUCAAUCUGUCAUUUUUAGAGCUUCACAGUUUGUUCCUCUGGCCUCAGUUGCUCAUUUUCACAUGUUCACAGGCUCAGAGUCCGCAGGUUCUGUCGUUCUACUGGAAAUACAAAAACACACCCCCAAAACCGCAAAAUGGACCCACAAAUGUGAGAUGCAUUACCGAAAGCAUUUUUUUUUUUUUUUAGGUGGAUUUUUCCUUUAACGUCACUCAUGAGUUAGGGCUAGGAUAAACUGUGAAUUAGACAUGCAGAAUUAGCAGGUGGCCAUUAAGGUAGCAUGGAGGCCAAGUGACAGUAAGGGAAUGAAGUGUGCAUAGAGCUAGAGGGCUUUGAACAUCACACUCCACAAAGGGGAGGGAAUCAGCUGAUUGUCCUCCAUCUGCACAGUUGACACGCUCGAAGCAUUUCGCAUCAACGAUCAACCAACUCUGUAUUUUGAACGAGACUUUAGCUUCAUGUUGCGCUAAACGGUUGCCUUAGAAGGGUUUCCAGCUGAUUACAGCUGCUCAAAAUCCUCUGCGGGUUUUCGACAAGUUAAAAGUGAAGAAGUUCGAAGUGUGUGUGACGUAGGCAGAAUCUGAAGCAGCCAUGCCAUUCAAUAUUGGACCUCUUUCCGUUUUGGGCUUCAGACAGGCAGUUUUUAUUCACUGAAGAGACAAAUCAGCAAUUUAAACUGGAUCGUGAUUCCAUCCCAGAGUCAAAUUUCAUGUCUUCAUUUUACUUUUCUUCCUUUCUCAUCCUCUAAAACCCGAAUGACAAGGCAAGACUUGUUUGUCACUUCAUGUUAGACUCAUUCCACCGUAGAAUCCACCCUGCGGCUGUGUGUCUGUAUGAAUGAGAAAACUUUCACUCCCCCCACCUCCUCACCCAAACUCGUCUUUGUGAUCCUGCUCUCAGUGCGGGCGGUGCCUUCACUGUCCAAGGUGGGACCUGCUGUGAGCUGCAGAACACGGGAAUGAGAUGCUUUCACUGUCUGAUCAUCUGUGAAGAGCAAAUAAGGCAAAAAGUCACACGUUCUAAUAGCAGUGUUACAAAACCACUUCAGACGGCAUGAACUAAGCGGCAUAUUUUUAACUCUGACUUAGUUUUUAGUCUUGUUUCUGCCAUUUUUAUUAUGUAACCCUUCAGAUAAGUAUGCGACUGCAGUGGUUUUUAAAUUGUAAUGCACACCUUAUGUUGAAAAUGUUUACAGAAGCAAUUGUUUUGUUAAACCAAUGUGCAUCGAUAUGAAUAUUUAUGGUUUAAUUUUGAGGGCAGUUUUCCCCUGUUUUGUAUUUUGUAUUAUUCCCUUUUUGUACUAUCAUUUAGACGUUUGUGUACAGGAAUAAUCGACUUUUGCUCAUGUUAUGAAUUACACCGGUCUAGAGUGUGAUUUCACUGAUUCCUAAACAUCCUGCAUAGUGCACAGUGUGCCCCUGGCUGCGCGACAGCGCGGAUCAAAUGUUUUCUACCACCCAGGUGCCAGGCGACAUGUUUCCCUUCAAACGUCUCUCUGCCAUGACUCGCUAAUUUAUGUCCUCUCUGUGUGUACUAUGGGAAUUACUGUAUUUUCCUGAAGGUCUUUUUUUUCCAUUGAAUAAAAUCAGAAGUAAUUUACA